AUGACACUAUCCAAAGCCUUCUCGGCGCCCGACUCUGUUGAAGUUGCUUCGUAUAUGAUUCGAUCAUCAAUUGUCAAAGAGAUGCUUGUACUUCCUGAUGCAACGACUAAGAAUACUGUUCCAAUAAAGAUGGUCAUAGAUGCUGUUGCCCAGCUUUUCGAUGUCAAAAUGGAAGGAGGCUUCGGAACAGUCAGAUCUACAAUGGAAUUCGGCCUUCUCAUGGCCCAAAGACCGAAAUUCGAUCUCUGUGAACCAUUUGAAGCAUGUUACCCUAUAUCCUCGCUUGUUCCUGUCUUGAAAGCAAUGACUUUAUCCUCUGAAACGAGUUUCAGGUUUAAAGGCAACGGAAUGCUCUCAAUUCAACAACCUAUAUCUAACCAGUCUGCUGGAUCCGUCGAAACUGUCGUCGAAUUCAUAUUGCAACCUCUUGAAGAUAAUGUUAAAAAAUAA